AUGGUUUUGAAGAAGAAGAAGAGGAGAGAUGUUUUGGUUUGGUCGGAAUCGGGGGAUUUCUUGGCCUCCUCUUUAAUUGUAGGUCGACCCUUCUUCUUCUUCUUCAGUCCGUCUCCCCACUCUUACUGCUUUCCAACGGCCCGAAACCACUCUCUCUCUACUUCUUUUCUUCCUUAUGGCGAUGUCGACAAAAGAGCUCAUGCAUCAACAGAGGGUGUCAACAAAUUCUUGAAGCCAUCAGUUACUGGUUUCCUUUUACAGAAGGUAGGAUAUGGCAUUCGAACUUGGGAGGAUGAGCUGCCUGCUCCAAUAGCUGAAAAUACUAAAGAGAACAGUCUUAACAAGUUGCAGUCUGCCACCAAAGUUAAGUUUCUUAGUGGACCAUUGACUAAGCUUUCCAUUAAUUCUCCCCAAGAGGGCAGCACAGUCCUUACUAGAGCUGGACUUGGUGGUGCAGUUUCAAGCCCCAGAAGGCCAUUCUCUACCAUUGUGGGUGGCUCAAAGGUCUCUUCCAGGACUGGAGUCAUCAAAUCACUCCUUGAGAAAUGUGACCACCUCCUUCUGGGUGGUGAUAUGAUUUUCACAUUUUACAAUGCCUAUCAGAUGACAAGCUCGCCCCUAAUGCGACCAACAAGGCUUGUUUCUACUUUGUACCCCGUCCAAGUCGCCGCUGUAGAAAAGGUCGGAGUUGCUAGUGUCACGAGCCACAUAUCAACCGGUGGUGGUGCCAGUUUAGAAUUGUUGGAAGGGAAGGAGCUUCCAGGUGUGAUUGCCCUCGACGAGGCUACUCUGGUUGCCGUGUAA